AUGGGUGGCACUAUAUUCCAUCGUAAAACUAAGGAAGAAAAAUAUGGGCCUGGAAUUCAAGGAGCUGCUGGUGAUGAAUAUGAUGAGCAAGAGUGUCAACAACAACAAGAACAACAGCAGCAGCAAGAUGAAGUAGAUGCAUCUGAAUUUGAAGAUGAUGAUAUUCUGCCUCCUGUGGUGAGAAACCGUAGGCCAAAGGAAAAUAAGUUUACACAGCAGAGGCUUGCUGCCAUUGAUCCUGUUUUCACACCGAGUAUUGUUGUGCCUUUAUAUUUAUUGAUUGCUGUAGUAUUCGUUAUUGUCGGAGGUUGUUUGUUGUCCGUAUCCUCCAGAGUGAAUGAAAUUAAGUUAUAUUAUGAAGAAUGUAGCACUCAAGCUCCAACUAAUGAUUGGGGGGAUAUGCCUAAACAUGCCUAUGAUUUCUAUUAUCAUCAGUAUCAACAGUUUAACGUGUCUCCACAAUGGAAAUUUGUGGACGACCCAAAUGAUGAUUUCCAUGAAAAAGGAACAUGUCAAAUCAGAUUCACAGUUCCGAUUAAAUUUAAAAAUACUGUUUUUGUAAAUUAUUUGUUGGAAAAAUUUUAUGCCAACCAUAGAAGAUACGUUCUAUCUUAUAAUGAAGAUCAAAUAAGAGGGAAGCCGGCUUCUUAUCAUGAUGUCCAUGGCCAUACCGGUAUCAAUUGUAAGCCGUUAUCAAGAAAUAACGAGAAUGGUAAAGUGUAUUACCCUUGUGGGUUGAUUGCUAACUCCAUGUUUAAUGAUACCUAUCCAAUGGAAUUAGUUAAUGUUCAAGAUCCGACAAACAAUUACCAAUUAACAAACAAGGGGAUCAAUUAUCACUCAGAUAGAGAAAGAUUUAGAAAGACAAGAUAUAAUCACACAGAAAUCUCUCCACCACCCAAUUGGGUUAGGCAGUUCCCAAAUGGUUACAAUGAGACAAACAUACCAGAUAUACAAGACUGGGAAGAAUUCCAAAAUUGGAUGAGGCCUGCAGCUUUUGAUAAAUUCGCAAAACUAAUCAGACGUAAUCACACAGAAGACCUUUUACCAGGUGUUUAUCAAAUUGAUAUUGGAUUGCAUUGGCCUGUGACAGAAUUCCAUGGUAGAAAAGCGGUUUAUAUCACUCAUAGUUCUCAAUUGGGUGGUAAAAAUCCUUUCCUAGGUAUCGUCUAUUUGAUUGGUGGUUGUUUAUGUUGUGCAAUGGCUGUGACAAUUGUUGGGUUUUAUAUGAUUAGUAGCAGACGUAUCGCAGAUCCAUCACAAUUAUCUUGGAAUAGGCCGAAAUUAAAUUGA